UGUCGAAGAGCAGAAGAAGGUUGCCUUCCAGUUUCCAGAGACUGGGCUUCUGGCAAGAGUAGCAAUGAGGUUCAUCUGUGCAGUGUCCGUUCAGGCACCGGCUGUACGGCAGUCCCCGUUUCCUCAAGAAUCCUAAGGAGUGAGGGACAAGCUCAUUAUGAAGAGUGAUCUGGUUUUCUUUGUCUCUGUAAUUAGCCUUGCCUUCCUGUCCCUGCCAAGAUCUGGAUAUGCUCAGCAUAUUGCAGAAGAGUCCUGCUCUGUUCAGAUUCUCGUUCCAGGCCUCAAAGGGGAAGCUGGAGAAAAGGGGGAGAAAGGAGCACCAGGCCGCCCAGGAAGAGUGGGACCUCCCGGAGAAAGAGGAGAAAUGGGGGACAAAGGAGAGAAAGGAAACAUGGGUCGGCAUGGAAAAAUUGGCCCCAUUGGUUCAAAAGGUGAAAAGGGGGAUAGUGGAGAUAUAGGCCCACCUGGUCCCAAUGGAGAGCCAGGCAUUCCUUGUGAAUGUGGCCAGCUCCGUACGGCCAUUGGUAAAAUGGAUAACCAAGUGACUAUGCUGACGACCGAGUUAAAGUUCAUUAAAAAAGCACUGCCCUCCCCCGCAGCUGUCGCUGGUGUGCGCGAGACAGAUAAUAAGAUCUACUUGCUGGUGAAAGAAGAAAAGAGGUACAUGGAUGCGCAGCUCUACUGCCAAGGGAGAGGAGGAACACUGAGCAUGCCCAAGGAUGAAACCACCAAUGCCCUUAUUGCUUCCUACAUCAAUCAAGCUGGCCUCAGCCGAGUUUUCAUUGGCAUUAACGACUUAGAGAAGGAGGGUAACUUUGUGUAUUCUGAUCGAUCCCCCAUGCAGACCUUCAACAAAUGGAGCACCGGUGAACCCAACAAUGCUUAUGAUGAGGAGGACUGUGUAGAAAUGAUAGCUUCAGGGGGGUGGAAUGACGUCGCCUGUCAUAUUACAAUGUAUUUUGUUUGUGAAUUUGACAAAGAAAAUGUGUAAAAGUAUUCAAGGUCUGCCCCCUUUGCAAUCUGUUUUUGAAUUAAGCUCGGGCAUCAGUCGGGGUAUAUUUCUGCACUAGAAACAUUUUGCAUACCCAAGCACAAGGUGACAAAAAUACUCUGAUGUAAAGUUCACUUGGAUUUCUCUGUGUACAAGAUAGUGCCCUGUUUAGGAGGAACUAAUCUUCCAAUUAAGUUUCGCGUAUUAGUCUGGACAAAACAACCCAGAUUGCCGGUAUCUCUGCCAUUAGUCUUCAGUUCUUCAACCCACAGCAUUUUUGAUGUGCCAGUUUUGUUGUCCUUUAUUGUACAUAGUCAGCAUUGCUGUUCUCUUAAAAUUAAAGCUGUAGUUCAUACGGCAUGCAGAAAUAUUCUUCUUUGCGUAAGCAGAGGAUUGGGAGCACCUCCUUCCUCUCGGUCAUGCUGGAUCAGACCAAUGGGCCGUCGAGUCCAGUACUUUUGUUUCCAAGAGUGGCCGGUCAGAUUCCGCAGCCUGGGGUGCCUAUAAGCGGGAAGCACAAGCAACAUCCCUCACCUACUGGCUGCUGUUCAACAUCUGACAAUCAGAGGCCUUCUGCCUCUGAACCUGAAGACCCGAUUUGACCCUAUCCUCCACAGCUCUCUCUGGUCAUCUUAUACAUCUGCCUAAGCCAGUGGUCCUAACCACAUUUCAUAGUAGCAGGUUUCCCAAGUCAACUACCUAUUGUGUAAAGUAGUAAUUCCUUUUGUCUGUUUUGAAUCUAUGGCCACUCAUUUUCAUAGGGUAGCCCCAAAUUCUAGUAUUGUGGGAGAGGGAGAAAAGCUGCUCUCUACUUGCUUUCUCUACACUAUGCAUAAUUUUGUAGAUUUCUAUCCGGUCACCCCUCAGUCACCUUUCCCCCCAAACUAAAAAGCCCCACAUGCUUUAUCCUGGCUCCCUAAGGCAUAUAUUGCUCCUAUUUGAUGGUCAUUUUUAUUGCCCUUUUCUGCAUACUUCCCAUCUCUUCAAUAUCCUUUUUGAGAUGCAGUCACCAUAACUGUAUAUGGUAUUCCAAAUGAAGGGACUUGGUUAAGGUCAUUGCUGUACUGGUAAUUUUAUUCUUAAUCUAUUUCCUGAUGAUCCCUAGCAUGGAAUUGGCCUUUUUAUUGCCACAGCACAUUGAGUUGACAUUUUCAGCAAGCAAUCUAUCACAACCACAAGGUCUUUUUUGUUGGUCUGUCAUUAUCAGCUCAGACCCCAUAUACAUGAAAUCAAGGUUUUAUUGCCCUAACAUUUUGUACUUAUUUACAUUGAAUUACCAAUUACAACUACCAUUUUGUUGUCCUUUCACCCUCUUUUGAAAGGUCUAUUUAGAGUUCCUCACAAUCCCAUUGUGUUUUUUUACCAUCAACAAUUAGGUGUCAUCCACAAACUUUACUUUCCUCACCAUUCACCCCCAGUUCUAGGUUGUUUAUGAUUAGAUUAAAUAGUACUGGUUCCAAGAAAGAGUCCUAGGAGGCCCCACUGCUUACCUCUUUCCGUUGCAAAAGCUAUCAAUUUAUUCCCACUCUCUUGCUUUUUCACCGGCUACCAGUCCACGAAAGGAUGUCUUCUCUUAACCUAUGAUGGUUUUCUCAGAAACCUUUGAGGCAAUUGCUUUUUGGAAGUCUAGGCAUAUGGUCACCCUUAUCUAUAUGAUUGUUGGCACUCUCAUAGAAUUCUAACAAGUUGAUGAGGCAGGACUUCCCUUACCGAAUCCUUGCUGAUUCUUCUUCAGUGAGGCUCAUUCAUCUUGCAAUAACCUCAUAUAUGAAGUGGGCAGUCUGUGCUGAUACCCGAUUUUCUGGGUGCCCAGUAAGUGCAGUUCCUCCUUCUACACCAGCAACCCCUUCCCAGAUUGAGGAAAUUUGUUCUGAUGGCCACGGUGGCCAUGCAGACAAACUGGCAUGUGGAUCAGAAGUGCAGUGAGGAGGUGAAAGGGAACAAAAUAAUCUCUCCUCCCCAUUCUGCAAGCACAGUUCCAUUAAUAAAAGGCACGAUACCACCUUUUCUCUUUAUCUGUUCACAUGGAUCCUGUGCUCUCAGAUAUCAACUUUCUAGGAGAUGGAAGAGAUUUCUGGGCGAAGGUGGAUGUCUUAAAAAACUGCACUCCUUACUCUGGUAGGUCACUGGAAGCACCUUGAGGUCAUCUGCAUAGCUGGAAGGAAAAGGGAUGUGUCCAGGCCUCUGCCAUGCAAACCGGAUCCCUGCUGGAGAUCACGGCUUUGAUCCAGGGCAGAGUGUUUCAGAGUGCAAUACACAGGGUAUCCUCUUGUACAAGCCCAAUUGAAAAGGAGUUUUUUUGCUAAUUUCAGCUGGGCUGACACAGGAAAAUUUACCAGAUUGAUGCGCUACUCACAAUUCUGAUUGGAGGCAACAAGCAUACUCAAGGGAUGAAUAUGAGAGAUCCCUUGAGCGAUGCCACAUGGAGAGUGGCACCAAGGCAUCAGGGUAAGAAAUGAGAAAGCAUUAAGGGAUGCUGGUACAGACCUCCCCUAAGAUCUACUCUCUAAUUACUAUUUGUGGAUAAAGUAGCAUAAUGGUAUUUUAGAAGUAUAUUAGUAUUGUACAGCUGUAAAUAUUAUAAUCUAGGUAUUUCAAAUAUCAGUAUUUACCCUUCAGAAGUAAAGAGCAGGACAAUAGACAUGGGUAAUGUUACUGACGAAAAUAUGGCUGCUGUGCAGAAUUACCGGUGCCUCAAGCAGCUGAACACAGCAGGGCAUUUAAGUGUGCCAGGCUCUGUGCUAGAUAGUGGGCCAAGCUAGAAGUGACGAAUUACACUUGAAUGGCAAGUGAACAGACUCACGUGUAUUCCUCCCUGUUCACUUGCGCACCACUUCACUCAAUCACGAUCGAGUGGAGUGCAAGUGGAGCACAAGUAAACAGGGAGGAAUAUACGUGAGUCUGUUCACUUGCCAUUCAAGUGUAAUUCGUCACUUCUAGCUUGGCCCAGUGACCUGUGUAGGCAAGCAAUGUGACUCUGACAUUAAUGAGGAUGUACAGCUACAGCAAAAAACUUACAUAUAGAUUUUAGAAUGUUGGAUUUCUAAAUUUUUUUAUCCAUGAUUUCUCACCCCACCCCCCUGGGGUAAACUUUUAUUGUUAAUAUCAAGUGCUCAUAUAAGAAGCUGACAUGUUUCAUAAAUGCAAACAUCUUAUAAAGCCCUUAUCAGUUUUUGAAUAUUAACUAACCAGUCCCUUACUACUUCCAUUUGUCUUUAAAAAAUAAAGCAUUAAAAAAGAUUGCAAAUAUGGAGCUAAUCUACUUCUGCUUUAGAGAUGGAGUUUAAACGAGUAUAAUUGAGAACUGGCAGCAGAAAAUUAAAUGCGAAAGUUUACAGAAAGCAUGAGGCUAGAUUCUAUUUUCUUUUGUGUAUUUUUAGGCUUAGAGCAGAUCAGAACAGGCAUUCUGGGAUGGGUAGAAGAUUUGUCUAAGUUAACCAAGUUUCUAGACAUGGAUCUGUUCUGGUAUAAAGCAGGCUCAACGGCCAGCAUCCCAUAUUGAAUUAUACAAGUCCAUUUACAUCAGGGGACAUCUCGUAUGCAACUGAACCUGGGGCAGAUGCUAUGAUCUGUUUGUUUUUGCAUGUCGAAAAUGUUCUGAAGCAGAUCUCUGUAAGAUUAUGCAAGUCCACAAUCUUUGCUACAGUCUGAAAAAAGUGGGUAGAAUGAGACUAAAAAUGAAAUCUUAGAUUCUCCCCACAGAUAUUAAGCAGAGCAAGUUACUCUUGUCAACUUACUUAACUCACUUUUGUACCAGAAGAAUAUGAGGCUCAUUGCCCUUGCAAGUUGGCCCCUUGUGAACUUCCAUAGCUUUGUGACUGAGUUUUUAUAUACAUGAUAGAAUCCAUGCAAUGGAACUUUCUUACAGGCUUGGUUGCAAAUGUACGGCGUAUGCAUGAAAUGGGUAAAAAUUAAAAUUCCCUAGUUCCAUUUGCACAAGGAAAUCCACUUGGAAGUCAGAUACAAAUUCUUUAUUAGGCAAUGAAUUUUAAUUUAGCUACUUUAUCUAGAUUACAGAUGCUGGAAUCAUACUGAAGGCAGUUUAUUAAUCUGGGCGAGUUACAAGGUUAAGGUGGAUUGAGGGCCACAGUAGAAAACUGGAGGUCUUUGGCUCUCCUGUCUCCUUAAGCUUCUAUUAACUGCUGCCACUGGGGGGUGGGUGGGAGGAAUGUACACAAUAGUAGGCAAAGGGAGUGUAAACCCAUUCCCCCAUGCCCUCCGCUCAUUGUCAGUAGCCCUCCUGAAGGUGCUAUUUACCCAUGUGUGUUCUUUUUCUGCUCAAGGAAUGGGAUUUAUAUUGGGACAAUGGUGCCAGAGCAAGGGUUAAUUCCUCACCCAGCAAUGUGGCCCAAAUUCAAAGUCUACCUUUUAAAAAAAAGGGAUCCAAUCAUAGUCACCAAUGUCAUUUCUGGUGUGAUCAUGAGUCCACCAUGUGAAUAAGAGGUAAAACUGGUUUUGGAACAAGCCUUAGCUGUAUCCUUCCUUAUUCCUUUCCAUAACACAGCCAUAGGCACAUAGCUUCUAGCAGCAUAGGACAGCAUUUUGCAUAACCAAUAUGUUUUGAAAUCAUGUUGAUGCUUAAACAAUUGUUUAAAGAUUGAAAAACACGUUAUUUGAGAAAAACAAGACAAAACAAGUCUUGUUUGGGGUUCAUUGCUGUUGUUGCUAGAAUGCUUCUUUAUACACUUGGUGCUGCUUUUUGGCAUGUUGUUCUUUUUUGUGCAGAGCUAUUCCAGUGUUUAUUCCAUCUCAUAAUCCAGAGCUAGUGCAAUGUUUAUCCUAACUGGCCAUUGCAGUGCCACAUGCCACCUCUUUUCCUAUGCAGGUUUGUGGCUUUAAAGUGUUGUGCUAUUCUGCUCAGUACAUUUAAUCCAGUUGAGAAAUUCAGUUGCGAAAAUGAAUGUGUGGUAGUCAGAAAAUUAUAAAUGUGGGAGAACAGUUCUUGUACUUUGAAGCCCAUGAUCCCUGUACACACUUAUGUACUUGGUGGUAAGCCUUAUUGUGCAAAAUGGAACUUGCUUUCAAGUAAUCAUGAAACGGAUCAGUCUACAAACCAACUCUGGUUUUAAUUGACAUAUUACAGCGUACACAGGUGGAGUCUGGAGUCCCACCUGUUUCAGAGAGAACCUAAUCACACGCAAGUUGCUGGUUCUCCUCAAUUCUCACGUGGGCAGCGCUUGAUGUGGAUCAGGAUCAUGUCAUGCUUGGAGAAGAGGCUUCAGCCUCCCCUUGACAGCCUCCCCUUGACAAGUUCCCUCACCUGAGAAAGGUAUGAGGGGGUGCUGUUUGGAGAAACCCAGGGCUUUUUUUCAGCAGGAAUGCAGUGGAAUGGAGUUCCAGCUCCUCUCGUGUCCAGUGGCCCUGCUGCCCGAUCUCCAGACAGAUCAGUUCCCCUGGAGGAAAUGGCUGUUUUGUAAGGGGUCCCGUGUGUUUCUCCCUCAUUUCCCUCUUGAGAGUUCCACCACCUCUUUUCCCAGAAAAAAAGCCCUAGAGAAAUCCAUGUGAUUCUGGGAUACACGUGGGUUCCCCAACAGGCCAAAUAUUGUGUUGCGUCUGACACAGGUUUGGGACUCCAGGUUACUCCAUAAUGUGUGAAUUGGCCAUUGCGCUUAACUCCCAAGACCUACCUAUAUGUAACACUAUCCUUAUAUCCUCCCUGGACCCAUCACAAGGACUUUGAAUCAGAUAUACUUGUUAGUUCUGUGCCCAGAACUUAAUUCCCAGGCACUAAAGGGAUUUAUUCAGAUCUGGACUGUAUUAAGAGGGGAGGAGGGACUUAAACCAUUCCCUCAUGCUCUUUCCCCAACCUGAAAUGAUUAUGGGGGUGGAGCUGUUGUCUUGCUGAGGAAAUCUAUGUGUAGCAUUAGUACAUGUAAAAUACCCCCAUAGGACAAAUAGUGUCACCCAGGGCUGUUUCAGGUUGGAAAAAAUAGGAAGGGAAGGCUUAAGUUUCUUCUCCUUGUGGUCUGAAACCACAUUGGACACCCAAGUAUCUAGUAAUUUAGUAUGGAACAUGGAACUUGCAAGGCAUAUCUAAUCAAAAGUGUUUGUGGUGGACCUGGGGACCAUGUAACGUGUAGGACCAGGUCCUACAGUAAGCAUGCAUGAAGUUGUUGCCAUAACAUGAAUGUUUUGGUGCUGAAAAAUUCCAGUGGUUAUGAUGACAAAAACUGAGUUGGAGAGUACUAGUAGAACUUAGAACUGGCCUCAGGACAAGUUCCAUACAUGACAUUUGAAACUUGAGGAACAUCUCAUGUUGUGCUUUCAGGAUUCAUAUAUUUAGCAUACCAUAAGAUCCUACUCUAAUGAGAGAUUGAAAGUAAUACCCUUAAGGAUGAAUACUAGUGCCCCAGUACCCAAAUGCAAAUGAUUAAUUUAUGGCAACUCAAUUGAUAAGGGACUUGUUUGUAGUAUCUUUGCUGUCUAAAGUACAACAGUAUUUGAAAUCUCUGCAUCAUUUGUAUUUAAGGAAAUAAAGUUUCAUUCUAACA